AUUUCGUUUCUAUUCGCAUGUGCGCGUGUUACAUUUGGUUUACGUUUAAUCGCGUAGCCAAGAUUACAAGCGUUUUACUAUAAUUUCGCGUAAAACAGUUGCGGCAGUUUCUGACAAUUGUAUUUGACACAGUAAUCACGGCAAUCUUCAUGACAAUCCCCCAUGACCGUAGCUCCGUCAAUCGACUUAUCGUUCGAAGAAUCGCGUAUGAUGAAAUGAGCGCGGCAUAAGGUCCCGUGUCGUACCAAAAAAUAAUGCUCCAAAAUUGGCGAACGUGUCGCAUUCGGCGAAUAAAUCGUCGAUUUUCGCUCGUUAUCUCUCGUGCGAAUUUCGCGCGAUCGCGAUUCGCGAUGAGGUUAUGCGCGUGCCCGUGUGUCGUUUCGUUGCAUGCGUGCGCGACACCUCCCUCGCGAAGAGCAAGUCCGCGAGGCCUGGACCGGUCUCCGCGGCAACCGCGACUUAUCGAUUUGCCUAGGCGUUGCCGGCUGGCCAGUUUGCGGCCGCCAGGCCCGCCAGUUACGGCCAGUUACGGCAGUUGUACCGAGUCGUGGGGGUUGGACAGCGGGAGAUUCCUCGGUUCGCGAGGAGCGAUCCGUUCGAGAUCGUUCCUGCGAGCGGGUUGCGUGAUGGAACGCGAGAAGAGGAAAGACCUCGAUGGGAUCGCGCCAUUAAUCCAAAGGAGAACGUUUUGUUGCGCGGUAGUCUAAUGGCAACCAUUCGCGGUGAUUUCCUCUGAAGCGGAAAGGACUUGGAAACUUUACACGGUCAUCUAUAUGCGAGUUAGAGACGCUCGAGGAUUAUUGACGUUUGUCGAGGAGCGAACGUGGGUGUGAAAGAAUAAACUGGAAAUUUGUACAAGAUAAGGGAGAGGGAGGCUGAAUUGAAAUGCCUUUUCAGAAAGAAUCCAGCAAUGAUGAGAGGAUCUCAUCAUGUUUUUAAGAUGAUCGCGAAGUAAAACAAAAAUGAAACAAAUUACAAAGGCGUAAAAGGGAAAAAAGCUGAACUCAAUUUGAAGAGUCAUAUUCAAGUUUACCGUUAAUAACGAAGGAACGCAAAAGUGGGUAGAAUUUGAAAAACAUGAUUUUCUUUUUAUACUAUAAUACAUAAAGAAUUUUGGCAUAUUAAUCUCUACCUUAAAUGUAGUAUAAGCGAGUUUUAAUUGAAACCGCACACUUUCUUCAAUUAUAUUCGUCGUUAAUUAAAUAAUAUUUAAUAGGAAAAAUUAUACGUUGAGUAAUUGAUAUUGAAGAAACAUAACACAGCGAUAACAAGACAUGGGAAAAAGAGAACACACCGUAAAGAGACAUAGAAUGAAAACGAGGGCGAGGACGAUAGCUAUGUGACGUUAAACGAUCGAUCGAUAUCAAGGGCGCGCUAGAAACAUGUAUCUGAAAUAAAAACCGCUAAGGAAGAGCGAGACCGGGAAUGCUAAACGAGAGCUGUGCGAAGUGUGCGAUUGUCCGGUGCUGUUCCUCGCGGGACGCGCAGCACGUGCCACCGGAGCACCGAAAAUUCCGACGCGUUCACGGCCUGCAGCUGCCGCUGCAUCCGCAGCAGAUCGUCGGCUGGGCGCUGCUGAUCGUCGUCUUCGUCGGCACGUUCACCGUGCUGCUGACGACGCCGCCGCUACUGCCCGAUCUGCGCUUCGUCCUCUCUCUGCUGUUCGCCACGUUGUUCCUACUGCACGUGCUGACCCACUUAACGGUGCUGCUGCUGGACCCAGCUGAUCCGGAGGUACGCGCCCGGCCGGCACGCGCGGUCGUGCCGGAGUUCGACCGAGCGAAGCAUCGGCACGUCAUCGAGAACGGCCGAUGUCAUCUCUGCAACAUAACGACGCGUGGUCGGCGCACCAAGCACUGCUCUAUCUGCAACAAGUGCGUGCCGCGCUUCGACCACCACUGCAAGUGGCUGAACAAUUGCAUCGGCGGCCGUAACUAUCCGGCAUUCCUGGUGUGCCUGGUGUCGACGCUCGUCGUCGCGCUCGCGGUCACCGCGCUUGCUCUGGGUGAGCUGGUGCUCGUUAACGCACACCUGCUCGUCUACGACGGACCGUGGGACAGCAGCGGUGACAACGGCAACGAGCCGAGUAUGAACAACGCUACAGCGACGCCGCCGUUGUUGCCGGUGCCCGGCACCAGCUCGCUCGUCCUCGUCACCGUCAUCGGCGUUCUCUCGGCGAUCGCAGCGGUCCUGCUCAUUCACCUCUGCUUCUUUCACGGCUACAUCGCCUGCCUCGGCCUCACCACGUAUGAGUACGUGCGCGGUAAGCGGGAGCGAGGCGUCGCCGGCGCCGCUGCCAACUCUAGAGCUACGUCCACCGCUGGUCUAUGUGACAUGCCUUAUUGCACCGAUGGAGAGGAUGUCGACCGGAUGGCACCUGGCGCGCGAGGCCUCUAUUCGCGCUUCUGCGAGAACAAGGGUCCUCUGCUCAAAAGUGGUACGAGCACGAGAAUGACGAUGGCGACGACAGACGUGUACGUUUGCUCGACACACAGCGGUGAUGCAACGGCGAACGGCAAAGAUGCCGCUUCGAAGACGUUACCCUCGAUGAAAGGUAGCCGGAAUUUUCAUCUUUGUUUCUCGUACGAUUCGCGCACCACCGAGACCUCCAUUGAGGUCUCCUCUUCGCAGACGACGGACGCAGUGGAGUUGAGAAACCAUGGAGAAUCGCCGGAUGCGAAGUCGUCCUCCACGCCCUCGCCGGUAUCUUGUUGCUUCUCUAUCAUGAACCAUCCCGACGGCAGCAGGCGCGACGGAAGCGGGCGAAAGCGUCGCACCGGUGAACAUCGUGCUGAGCCCACGAAACGCUCCUGCGGAACGAUGAGGAGAAUACAGACUUUUCUUCAGGCUCGCCUGAGGAAAAGUUCGAGACAGCGGUUAACGACCUCGUCGUCGACGAUUGCUCGUCAUUGCGGCAACAAGAUAAUUCCGCAGACGGGCAGCCCUCCGGACGUCGUGCCUGGCUUGACCGAGGAUCAGAAUCGGGCUAUCGAGGCGAUGACGACUGAACUGACAACGCAACCGAUUUACCCGCGUCCACCGUCGAGGCUACCCGCUCUAGAUCUCUCGCGCACCGCUCGCAAAGUUAGAAAAGUAUCCUCGAGUACCGCUGACAUUUCCGUCCUAGGACAGAUGCCGUCCCCCACGAUACCUAAGCGAAACCAAGUCCACCUCCGCACGCGACGAAGCGCGGCGAGCUUCUCGAAGAAGAGACCGCGCUUCAAGGUCGGCUCGCAUGUCGUCACGCAAACCGCUCAACUGUCUCCCAUACCGGAGUCGGAGUUUUCGAAACCAGCUACGCCGAGAUCGCCGUCGCGAUCGAACUCCAUCUUCUCCUUCCCACCAUUACACGAAUAAUGUCCGAGACUACGGAGUCACCUGACAAGGAGGAUGCUGCAUCGAAGAGGAGGACUAACGUUUGGGAAGAUUUGGGUUCACCGCG